AUGGAGGCCUUCAGGCCCUCGCCAUCGCCCGCUUCGGCUGCUUCGUCUCCCUCUCCUGCGUCGUUCUCCCCUUCCUGCUUGCAUCCAGGGUCAUCUUCGUCUGUCACGUCACUCCCCUCCUCUCUGGCUCCGUUUAGUUCUUCCCUGUCUUCUUUCAAAGCUCGCCAAAAGUUUCCGGGUCUCUUCUCACCUUUUGCAUUCCUCCACUCCCCCCACAAUCAGCUGAAAAAACGCCGUACGAUCAGUGGAUUCGACGGCGCGGCCGCCGCCGAAGAUGCAUCGGCAAGCGGAGCCCUUGCGGACAAGCGGUUUCAGUCUGAGCAUCCUUUCCCUGUUGAGAAGCAAAGCCAAACAUUCCCUGCGCACAGAGGACUCGCUGAAGCGAACGCUUGCGAAGUCGACCGCAGCUGCCUCUUCGCGCAGCUACAUUCGCAGGGCGAGGAGGUAUUCGUGACAGAACAGCAGGAUUGCGUGACUCCAUGCGCAGAGGACGGCCGAGAGGCGGCGGUGAAAAGCCAAAGCCUGAACGAGGCCAAUCCUCGUCGCAGAGACACAAAACCCACUCUGGAAGACACAGGUUCGAGGGGCAAGGGCGACCUCCCAGGCGAGGAAGGAAGCGAUGAAGCACUUUUCUUGCCCUGCACUCUCAGCCCGAUUUCGCCCCUUUAUAGACAGCAUCUGGAGGACAGCAAAGCGGAAGAAGUUGCUUGCGAGGAAACACACGUACCGCACAGUGGCGACGGCAUCGUGGAGAAGGCCACAGCGAGAGAAAAGUUCACCCCAGACGUCAUUCUUCUCGAAGACCUCUCUGCCUCGUGUGAGCCGACGGCGGAGGACGUGCGUCUCUGCGCGCAGCAGCUCGGGUUCGCGUUUCCUGACGACUUGCCGCUGCUUCCGCUCGCCCGCGAGUGCCUCAAAACGCCGCUGCCGCCCUCGUGGGUCGCGUGCCGCUCGCAGCGCGACGGCGCGAUCUUCUUCCACGACCAAACCAGCGGUGAAAGCACCUGGGAGAACCCAGUCACCGCGGUCUUUCGACAAAAACUCCAAACCGCGAGAGGCGAGCGCACGCGCACCCCGUGCAGACUCACAGGAACAAUGCAGGCACCAGAAGGAAGCGACGAAGAGGCGGAGGAAGGAGCAGGACAUCGACGAGAAGCAGACGCGGAGGAAGGGGUGCCCAGGCCUGCGGGAGCGGCAGGUAAAGCAGACCCCGAGCGCCGCAAGGGCAUGCCCGUCGCCUCAGCCACGGAUUCCUCAAAGCCAGCUGAGCGAGACGCUUGUAGCGCCGCGCGACGAGGGAGAGAAGUCGCAAGCGAAUCGGGAGGCGGCGGACUGAGACCGCCGCGCGAGGAAGCGAAAGCAGGCGCCGCUGCAGGAGCCGUGGAAGGGUUUCGCGGAGACUUCGGAGGGAAAGAGACAGGCAGAGCGCGCGAUGUGCAAAGCCGCGGAGAUAUCUCUUUCAAAGACGCGCGAGGCAGCGACGAUGAAGAAGGACAGUUUCCAGAGUUGCUGUUGCCGCUCGACGCGGCGCGCGAAGAAGGCGAGUUGGCAGCCCCUGUGAAGUCCGCGCAGCACUCGGGGAGCAGUGCCGCGGAGGCAAAAGCAACGAAAACGCAAAAACACACAGGUGACCAGAAGGCAGCGUCAAAGAGCGCCAAGAAACAGGGUCACAAAGGAGUAGCUUUUCUUCUCUUCGAAGAAGACGCCAGCGAAGUCGAAGAGGGCGAGGCCGCCCCGGCGCCCUCUGUCGCUCUUGCUCUCUCCGAUCGCGACGGAACGCCUCUCGUUGCGUCUCUCGCCCGGUCGGCCUGCGCCGCUUCCUUCCAAGCGCUGGAAGGUCUCUCCUCGCCGCUCACUGUGGCCUCGCUGCCGCCCGAGGGGGAGAAGGAGAACGGCAUCCGGGAAAAGGCGUCUCUUGCCCCGGAGCUCUCACCGCCCCUAAACUCUGUCGCGGCUCCGGGGGGCUCAGCGGACCCACCGCGGAAGGGAGGAAGCCGCCAGGGGGAACGCCAAGACAUGGACGAAGCGCUUGAAGCGGCACCCGAAAGAGGUCGCGUCGGCACACUCCUCCCCUCGCUGAAGCGGCACGACGGAGGCGACAGUGCGACAGAAGAAAGGAACUCCGAGCGCACAAAGGACACGCGAGCAGAUACUCUUGACGUGGUUCUCAGCACUCCCCUCGCAGCGACAGAUCUGCGGUGCUGGCGCGCGCGGAGGCAUCGGAGGAUGCAGGCGCUGGGCGCGGCCUCUGCAAGCCAAGGGGACUUCAACGCUCGCCCUCGAGAGCCGCAGCAUGCCUCUUCCGGUUCCCUCGUUCGCUCUCCGCUGGCGGUCUCUCGCGUGAUUUUGUCGCAGCUUUCCUCGCCGUCACGCACGGCCUCUCGUUCCGCUUCUCAGUCUUCCUCUUCCUCGUCGCUGCCGGGCUCAUCUCCACGCUUCGCGUCUCCGCGGUUAGGGUCGCCUCGCCCCGCAGCCUCGCCGACCAACGCCUCCUUCUUCUCCCCUCAAACUCUCGCAAGCCCCGAAAGGUCCCUUUCACCCAGCGAGCGAUACCCUGAGGAAGCGGCCUGCCCCCGGUCUCUCGCGGCACCCGCGGCCAGCUGUCUUGCGCCGCCAACGUCUUCUGCCUCCUCUUUCUCUUCUCUCUGUUUAGCCGUUUCGAAGUCUUCAUCUGACUGGCAAUCAUCCUCCUCGCCUCCGCGCGUGCGUGCGUCUGUCGCAGACGCAGGCGCGGGAGGAGACGAAGUCGAGGAAGAAGAGGGAGAAAAAGAAACCGGAGGACGCGAUUUGGAGGCCUCUGGAGCCAGGAAGCCGUUUGAGCGGCUGUCGUCGCGUCCACGCUCGCCGCAGAGUGAGGAGUUGAACGAAGGCCAGCUGCCGGCUUUGGCUCUCAAAGGAAGCUUCUGCAGAUCCAUUUCGCUAGACGGAGAGCCAAAGCGAAGUCAAAGGAUGCAACUUCGUCAGAGAGAGAACCCGCAGGGAGGGGCAAACCGAGACACUUCCGUCUCUCCUCGCCGCCUCCCCCCCCUCCGCAGCACUGCGCCUCCAGCUCGGACGCCCCAGCAGCCUCCCAUGCCUGCCUCCUCUUCGUCCCCUUCCCCCCUCUGCGACCCGUCUUCAGCUUCUUCCGCUUCUUCUUCUUUUUCUGCAUCUUCCUCCGCUUCAUCUUCUUUUUCUGCGCCUUCCUCCGCUUCACCUUCUUUCUCUGCGUCGUCUGUGUCUGUAUCUUUUCAGUCUCCUUCCGCCCGCGCGAUGUCGUUUUCCUCCGCGUGUGAGGCGGAGGGCAACUGGGAGAUUCUGCGCGGCGCGCUCGGCUCGCCGCCUGUGCCGCUGCUGACUGUCGCCUCGCGCGUGACCUCGCGGGCGACGUCGGUCGCGAGCUCGCAGCGCGAGACGCCAACGCACCGGGGUCUGUCUUCGCUUCCGCUCUCGCCCGCUUUCUCGCAUUGUGGGCUUUCCGCUCCCCGCGCAGACCCCGCCGUGGCUGCCGCAGGCGCGUCAGACGCGUCGCGCGGCUCCUCGCGCGGUCUUUCUGCUGAGGCUGGCGCGGCCGCCGCCAAGUCUCCAGCGUCGUUCGCUCAAGGCGAAUACGUGCUCUGCGCACGCGCAGAAAUCGGCCGGGAGCCGCCGACAGUCCGGCGCUUCUCCCCCUCUGAGGCGGACUCGCGCGGAGAUGGCGAAACACCCGCUUGGAGGGGGAUGGAGGGUGAGGCGACGCGAGAGCGCGACGCAGGGGACGGUUCAGAGGCUUCCAUCGGAGGCAGCGAUGGCGCCGCCUCCCAGCUGCUGGAGCCCAAAGCUAGCCGCCCGAUACCCGGGGAGGCGAGCGACGCUGAGGGACAGCGGACGACUCUUGCUGCGGUUUCUGUCCCGCUGCAGAGACACAAAGAUGACGAAGCCACACCUGACGAUGUCGAAGGUGAGCCGCCGGAAGCCGACCUCGAGGCGGAAAGGCCAGAGGCGAGAGCGGCUGCUGGAGGCGGCCAAGACGCCCCACAGGGGCCUGCGGUGUGUCGAUUCGCGCCCGAGGCUGCAUCGGAUGUCGAAGCCGUCGAGUGCUCUCGCGAGCGCAGGGAGAGAAGUGCGGACGAAAGAGAAACAAGUCCAGACGCAGCCAUGGGAGAAGAGGCCGCGAAUCGUGAGGCACAGGCAGGCGCAAGGGCGACGCACGAGAAAAACCGAGCAGCGAAAAGGUCAGUGGAGCAGUUCAUGUGUGGCGUAGACAGCUGCAGUUCAGACACACGAAAAGCUGAAGAGGGUGGCGAAGGGGAAUCCUCCCCUAUAAGCGGACUGGCCUCACAGGCCAGUCCGACGCAUGCGUCGUCGCGCCUCAUUGAAUGGGACUGCGACGCUGGCGAAGCCGAGGAGGACGCAGGCGGCGGCGCCGCGGGCGCGGCUGCGCCCGGAGGGAGGCCGGAGUGCGAAGCGCAGCUGACGAUGGAGGCAGCGCCACAAGAGAAACAAGAAGAAGGAACAGAAGAAGAAAAAGGCGACGAAGGGGACGUGGAGAGAGAAGAAAAGCAACAGACCGGCGCAAAUGGCAACGUGGAGGGAAGGAACCAGGGUCAGGGCGACGCGACGAGGCACGUCGAUGAGGAAGCGCGAAAUCGCGAGGGCGCGCUGCCGCGGAAAGAAGAGGCAGAGAGCUCUACAGAAGAGUACGAUGCAGGGAGGGCGGGUGAAGAAGCGCUUUCACAAGGUCUAGACAAUGAAGAAGCAAAUGAAUGCGAACGCGUCUCUCAAGGCAGUGAAGCCAGCCUACAAGCGACGCGACGCCCUUCGAUCCGAAGGGACGAGGGCGCAGAGGAGGAAGAAAAGGUGUCAGAAGAGGGACUCAAUGGCAGCGAAACGGUCGUAUCGCGUUGUAGCAUUGAGCUGUCGUGCAUCCUACGCGAUUCUCACCAGCCCUCAUGUGGCACUGCGAGAUCCUCUCCCCAGUCUUCACAUUCCCCCGAGACGCGCUCGCCUUGGGCGCCAGCAGACGCACGCGAAGGCCCCCGCAUAGAAAAUCAGCGACACGCCAAGAGCCGCGGCGCCGAGGUCGAGAGGGUCGGAGACAGCCGAGAAGAAGAAGAAGGCGUCUGCGGCGUGCUCGCGCUUGAAGCAGACCGGAAUGCUGAGGCGUCCCUCUCACUCGGACCGGAAGCCUCUGCUGGAACUCCUUCGCCUCCAGCGGGAAAUCGAGCAAACCAAACGCGCGGCGGAACCUCGCCAGCAGAUUGGCUCUUUGCCAGGCGGAAGGCCUCCACGGCUUGCGGGCUGCGCCGCUUCUUCUCUUCGUCGACGUCUGCGUCUCUCCGUUCACUGCGUGCAAGUCGCGAGUGCCUCAACGAAGAGAAGGAUCGCUGCCCUUUUGCGCGGCCUCUGGCGUCUCGCUCGCGCUCUGCCUUGUCCGUAGGAGAGGCAGAGGUAGAGAAAGAAGAAGGAGUGGCUGCUCAGGCUGCAGCGGGAAGCGAGGCCAACUCACCUCCCGAAGGCCGCAGCCAGUUUCCGACGUCCCCUGUGGCGAGACGCCAAGAAAAAAAAGGCGCUUCACCUGCCUCGGCUGCUGACGCAGGCCACAGAAACGACAAAGGAUACCACGAGCAUCCAGAUCGUUUGGCGCAGAGGGAGCGAAAACCUAAGCGCGCGGCCUUUUCGGCUGUGCGAAUCGCGGAAGCUGACCUCCCUUUGAAGAGCGAGAAAGACACGGAGGAAAUCGCAGAGUACGCGCAGCCAUCAGCCAAACACGUUGCGCUUCGUCUGUCCUCCGAGGGUCGUGGCGGCGCGCCUCCGCAGGUGCUCGCGGCCGUCCUCGCGAAGGAGAGAGAGAUUGAGACGCAGAGGAGCAAAGCACAGGAGCGGACGCGAGAAGAGGAAGUGCGCGGCGUGAAGCGCGAACUGGCGGAAGCCGUGCGCCGCAACCGCGAACAGAAGGAAGGGCAUGCGCGCCAGCUCGCGCGCCUCAUCGCGGAGAAUGAGAAACUGACUCAAGAGGCGCGCGAAGCGAAGGCAGAGGCAGCGGCCCUUCGUCGUCGCCAGGCGGCUGCGGCGCCGGCGGAGGAAUCCGCACAGAGGACGCCGCCUGAAGCCUCUGAAGCUCCGACGACUGAGAAGCAAGAGUGCUGCUUGGUGCUUGAGGGAAGAGAACAAACGAAAACGCUGAACGCCCCUCCGCCGACGGGGACCGAAAGAGUAAAAGAGCCGCGGCGUCUCAUCCCAUUCGCGGAAGGGACAGGAGAAAACGAGGCGGAAGAAGACCGAGCCACAGACGAGUUGAAACUAGAAAGCAUUUUCAGAAGAGAGGCAAGGACCCCCCGGAGCUGCCAAGCGGGCGCGACGAGGCGCACCGGACGAGGCGAAGAAGGGCUUCCGCCUCCUCUGCGAGAAGAAGCGACUGCCAACGCGAGCCCACUGCGUCACAUUUCUCUCUUCGGGGCGGCGCAGCGGGAGAACAACCCUCGCGAGGAGGAGAUUCACGCAGAAGAAGAGGUUUCAAAGAGAAAAAGAGCCGCGGAGAAGCCUGCGGGGCUGAAGCGACGCAGAGCAGAAAGCCGCGAGGGCGAACGCGACGCAGGGGGGGAAACAGGGGGAGAGAGAGCGUGGGCGGCCUCUUCGCCACGCACACGCGACGACGGAGGGGUGGACGCAGGCGCCGAAGAGGACGGCGGGAGUUCACAGCCGCCUCCUCCCGCUGAAGCCGAAAGGGGCCUCCGAGCCGAGUGGAAGGCGCUGCUGAAGCAGCGGCGUUUCCUCAUGUCUUGGCAGAGCGAGCUGGCUCGCCACGAAGCCAAGCUGCAGGACGUUCAGCGGAGUCUGCAGGAGCGCGACGCAGCUCUGCAGGAUCAGAGUCUUGCCUUCCAUGUCGGCAUGAGCGCGAAAACGCAGCAACAGGAGGCGCGCGAGGCUCAGCUCGCCGCAGCGGAAGGCGCUCUCCAAGCGCAACGCGAGGAAGUUCAGCAGCACGGAGACGAGCUCAGGCAGCGCGAGACACGUCUGGCUGCCGCCGAGCGAGCGUGGGAAGAUCGCGAGCGACAGGCGAGCGCGCAGCAGCAGCGAGAGAAGGACGAAGAUGAGCGGCGGCGGGCGACGCAGAGACGCGAGGACGAAGAGCGACGCCGGGUGCAAGCGCGAGAGAGCGAGGACAAGCAGAGGCAGUUAGAGGCGCGCGAAGAGACUUUGAAGACGCAGGAGCGGCAGAUAACGUCGCGCGAGCAGCAACUGACGGAGCGCGAAGGCGUUCUUGCAGAUGCAGAGGAGAGACAAAGAGCGGAGGCGCGCAGCGUCGCGCGCGUGCGAGAGGAGCUGGUGGCGGAGCGGGCGCGCAUCGAGGCGCUGCGGCGCGACCUCGAAGCGAGGGAAAAAGACUUGCAGGAAGAAGGCGAAGACCUCAAGGAGGAACUCGCCGAGCAGACGGCGCGGCUGAGGGAGAAGGAGGAGGAACUGAGACUCGCGAGGGAACGCCACGAGCGAGAGAAAGCGCGGGAAGCUGAGAGACUCGAGGCCGACUGGCAACGCGAGCACGAAGAGCACGAGGCCCACGAGAAGGAGAAAGCAGUCUGGGCUAAAAAGCAAGCUGAACAGGAAGAGCGCAUCCGCGAAAGGGAAUCGCGGUGUGCGCUGACGGAAGAGAAGGCUGCCGCUCUAAAGCGCGCGCUCCAGAGAGUAAGCCGUCAGACGCAGAAGGCGCACGACGAGUCCGAGAAGCUCAAGGCGCAUGGCGCUCCGCGGAGACUGCGCACUUUGGUGCUGAAGGUGCAGCGGGCGGCGGCCGUCCGCGCGGCGUCGCCUGUCGAGCCCUGGGCGGGCAAUGCGGAAGGCAUCGACACUUCGUGGGACCCCUCUGCCGCGUCCCUCGUUUUCUCUCUCUUGCCUGCCUCGUCGCCGCUUCUGCGAAGGCCGCCUCAGCUUCCGGAGUCUCCCGGCGGUGGCGCGGCUCACCGCCAAAACGAAGAGGAAGAAGAAGAGCAAGAGGCGCUGAGCGGACUCACCUGCGCGCUGGAGGCGUUCGCCGAUCUCGCGCUGCCGCGCGCGAGUGCCUGCGCGUCAGCGCGGUGUCGGAGUCUCGAGUUCUGUUCGCUUGAGAAGCGAAAACACGAAACCUCUCCGCCCGCUGCCGCUGCGUCACCCCUCUCCGCGCCUGCGUCUGCGAAGGCGCAGGAGCCGCAGACGGGGGCAGGAGGCGAGGGCAAUCAAGCACAGACGGCCACGCGCGGGUCGUCGCUGCCGGUCUUCUCCUUCCUGGAGGAUCCCCCGCGAGGUCUCGAUGCGUCUGCGCUCGAGGAGCUCCGCCACCUGGAGGCCGAGGUUGUCGCGUUGCUGCUGCCCUUCCUUGAGGCGAAGCGGAAGGCUCUCAGCGCCCAGCGACACGCGCUGCGAGAGAGCCUCCACCGGCACAGCCUGCGAGUGAAGAAAACGAAGGACAGCAAGCUGGAACCGGCUGAGACGAGUGACCGCGCAACAUCCGAGGAGGCGGGGAAGAACGAACCACGCAGACGCCCAGACGCUCGCGCAGAAAGACACGCCGACGACGAGGCGGCGGACGUGAGCGCGAGUCUCGAAGAAGAAAGAGAGUUCCUUGACAUUCAGCUGAAAGUUUGGAACGCUUCAGCGAGGGCGGUGCGUUUUCUCCUGCCGCAGGUCUCUCGCCGCGUCGCCUACCUCCAAGAGCGGCAGCAUCAAGCCUCGGCUCUCCCGGCCUGCGCCAAGUCGUUCUCGUUCCUUUCGUGGCUGUAUUUCGCUCGAUCAUCAUCAUCACCGGAGGUGCUUAUGCCUGCCUCGUGUUCUGCGCCCGCCUCGUCAUCUGCUACCCACGCCUGCGCCGGGGGCGGCCCUGAGUCUCUUCUUCAGCCUUUCGCGCGGGCGAGUCGGCCCCCUGCGGGGAGUGAAGAUGGCGUCGCUGGCGGCGAGCGAGGCGCUCUUUCCUGGAGGCGAAAAGAGACCGAUUCUGAAGCUGCCGGGGCAGGUGGUAGACACGCCCAGCCGUCGAGCCCGAGGCCGCCUUCUCCGCGUUCAGCGCUCUUCGCUUCUGUUUGUCCUCCGCCUGUCUCUUCUGUCUCCGGCCUGCCCUGCGUCCAUCCCUCCUACUGGCGCUACUUGCACCAGGCGGACGCAGGCGGGGAGUCUCUCGCUGCUCGCCAGGCGGAUUCCGCGGCGGCUGCGCGGGCGCGGUUGGCCGGGCCCUCGCCUGGCGAGAGCCCAGACGACGCCUCUCGUAAGCGAGAGCGCGCGUCGCCGCCGCUGCCGUGGAGCCUGCCCUGGGGCGGCUUUCCGUUUGCAGAUCCUCGCUUCCUCCUCGCGGGCGCGUGGCCUGCGCUGCCGCUGCCCUGCCUCCAGGCCUCCGAGGCGGUGGAGCGCUGGGGCGGCCCCAGCUGCGACCGCGAGGGGCGCUGGACCCUCUCUGGCGACAGCCGCGGCGGAGCUGGAGACUGCCAGUGCUCCAGAGGAGACUGCGAGCGGCGAGGAGACGGAGAGAGAGAAAGAGAAGAGGACAAACCGCGCGGACGGCGAGUGCCAGCGAGCCACGACAGGAAGCUGCCGGGCGAUGUGGGAGCCGCUGCCGCUGACCAGCGGCGCACCGAGAAGCGAGAAGUCAGCGAGGACACACAGAAGCUGCGUGUCAAGGUCCUCAAGCGGUCACAGGAUGCGGACGAUUCGCACAGGCGGCAGAGUCUUCCUCACGGCGCUGCCUCUGCAGCGCGGCGGCGCGAGGGAGCUUCGACAGCACCCGACAUCCGCCCCAGAUGGAGUGCCUUCGGGGGACAUUCCGACGCGGAGUUUCUCGCCGCAAGGAGACAUCUCGGUUCAGCGAAUGCGGUGCUGACGCGAGCGGAAGCGGGGAGCGCGGGAGACUAUUGCGACGGAGAAAACGAGACAGAAAAGAAGCCCCGGAGCAACUCUGGCCUCCUUUGGAGACGGACGCGAAGUCCCUCGAACGCCUGCGAGCCCCCCAGGAACUCUGCGGCCCCCCGUUCCUCCUCAGCAAGCGACUUCGGAAGGUGCGCGGCCAGAGCUUCUCCGCGGCUAUCUCUGAAAGGGACAGCUGCGGCGGAAGGGCUUCCUCUAGCACAUUUUGGAUCUCCGCCAGAGGGGCUCCGGCAGUCGCUGCCUCCCAGCGGAGGGGCUCGACUCCUGCGGCCUCCAACCUCCCCUUCGCGCCAUUACGCCGAGCGUGUUUCGCUUUUCCGCUCUGCGCCAAGAGCCGAGGGGGGAACAGAGUCGCAGGAAGGCGUAUGCUUCGCGCGGCUUGUUCAGGAACGAGAGGAAGAAAUCCAGGCGAAAAGGCGGCAAGCGGCGCUCGACAGAGAAAAAGAGGCACGCGACCCCAGCGGAGGCCGACCCGCAGAUGCAGAGACAACGCUGACGCAAAACGAGCGCGCUUGGAGCUUCAAUCCACAUAUCUUCUCGGAAGGCCUGCAGCGAAGAAAGUAUCCACCCUUGCCGCCUACAGCCAAAGACGUGUGA